AUGCCUGAUCGCUCACGUGCUUUUACCCUGCUUGGGGCGCUGUUAUAUCUUCCUUUUGGCGCAGUCGAGGCAGCAAACCUAUUCUCCAGGGGCACCGCGACUACCGCUGUUAGCACUAAUGCCUGGGUUAUUCCUUUGACCGGCCCGACGACCACCGGUGCGACAUGGGGCGCCAACAUCUCCGAGUCGGCAGAUAAAGCCUCCAAUAAGGUCCCUAUCGCCCUCGGAGGUGGUGACCAAAACGAUUCGUUGAGCACGGCGAUAGCCGUGGAUGCGAUUGCAUCUGCUGGGACUAGCAAUGAACAGCUCCUUGUGCCCAGGGGCCCAGAGCUCCCGUUAGGGAAUACUUCACUCAGUGUUCAGAGUGGAGGGUCGAUCAUCCAGAAGGCGUCUAUACCAACGGUCCCAUUCAGUCUGACUCUGGGGUAUGGCAGCACGUGGAAUGGUUCCGUUAUCCUUGGCGGAUAUUUCGACAAAAAUCGCAUAUUUGGAGAGAAAUGGACGCCAACGGAAGAAACUUCGGGUGGUAACACGACACUCCUGUCAACCGGUAAACAGUCCAUUGGUACGGUGAGCAUUCGCAAGUUCACCUUCCAGGGUGAUGUGAGCGGCGACGAAGGCUCAAAGAUCACUCCUUCCACUCCCUUUGGUAACUCCAAGGCCGGUACGGUGGAUUCUAACCACGACGCAAUUCUCGAUUUUACCUCGGAUACCAUUGCUCUUCCAAGGACUAUUGUGGCUCAAACAUCACGAUCACUCUCAACCCUGGUUCCCGUUCCGGCCGAGUUGACAAGUUCCAAUCAGUGUACGAGCACCUCGGGCACGAUAGUCUUGGGGAAGCCGUUCUUCCAAGCGGCCAUUAUCCAUGUUGACAGCGGUGGGGACAUAUAUUUCAAUGCAGCUAAUCGUUGGGCGUUCCCCGUCAGCCUUGAUGUCUUCAAUAAGGAUGCUAUGCUCAAUGUGCCCAGUCAGCCAGCCACUGCAACACAGUCUGCGACCCCAACCGCGACCAAGUCGUCGUCGGCUGCUCUGCAUGGGCUGCCAAGUCCUAUGUGGAUGGCGCUCAUGGCUGUCUCUGCCUUGUUCUUCACUGCGUAA